CAUCACAGAUGAAGCAUGGUUACUUAGAAGAGAAGCAAAAGCUAGCAGAAUCACGAGAUUAUCCUUGGGUACUGAAAAACAAGCGACCAGAUAAACUGCGAGAUACGCUCAAGGAGGUAGAGGACUUAAUGCAGAAUGGCCAGUGUGUGCUGACCAAAUGGAAGAACAAACGUAUCUGUCAGCUCCUCUUUCACUCAGGUAUAUUGGUGUCCCUAAGCCUUUCUGGGCCACAGCUGGAGAAAGUGGUGAUUGACAGGACCCUGGUGGGGAAGCUCAUCUCCGACACCAUCAGUGAUGCUGUUUUUACAGACAGUUUCAUCAUCUUGUCAUUUGAGGACUGUAACCAACUCUGCUUUAUUCAGUUUACAAAGAAGAUGGAUUCUCCUGAUGUAAACAAAAAACUGGAAAAACUCUCUUGUUUGGACUUUAAGAUUUCUUAUACUGAUAUACUUGGACCAGAAGGUAGAAGGAUGAAACGUCACCUGGCAAUAAACUGUAUGCAAGAUAUGGUCAUUUGCUGGUGGUCAGCAACUAGUGAUGGAGCAUGGCCUUGGUCUCCUAUUUCCUGUGAGAGGGACAGAGCCAACCUAUUGCUAUUAGGCUGUGCACAUGGCAGAUUGGAGGUUCUGAGUUAUGUCCGUACCGAAUGGGAUCCACUCGAUGCUAGCUUCAGCACUAAUCAGCCUUAUCAGGUUUACACAGUAGAGCACUCCAUCUCCUCAGACAAAGAGCCCAUGGCAGACAGCUCUGUCUACAGGUGUGUUAGGAACAAAAUUCAGUGUGCAGCAGUCACCAGAAUACCACUACGAUCCAAGGCCAUCAGCUGUUGCAGAGAUUUUACAGAAGACAAACUAGUCGUGGGUUGCGAAGAUUCAUCAAUAAUUCUGUAUGAAGCCUACAACCAAGUGACUCUGUUAGCCCAAGCAGAACUGCUGCCUGCUUUAAUAACCUACCACCCUUCCGGAGCCAUAUUCAUGGUUGGCAGCUCUCAAGGGGAGCUGCAGCUUUUUGACACGGCGCUGUCUCCAAUUAAAAUUCAGCUCUUGGCACAAGACUAUUCACCUGAGGCAACUCUGCAAUUCAGUAAACACUUUGACGUGCCUAGCAGCCUCAUCCAGAUCCAGUGGGCUGGUCCUCAGGUUGUAUCUGCCAGCACUGAUGGCACAGAGAUUCACGAUCUUUUGUUGGUUAGAUUCGACAAAGGACCCUUAGGAGUACUUCAUUUUAAACUUGGUGUGAUCACAAGAGGACAGCUAGGCCUUGUGGAAAUCAUCCACCAGUAUAUUCGUCACGAUGAGAUACACGAGGCAGUUAAUGUCCUGAACACCAUGAACUGGAACACGAUGGGUCGUCAGUGUUACAUAUGCUUGACUGCCAUUGUCAAUCACCUUCUUAAACAAAAGCUUACACCCGACAGAGAAG